AUGGACACAAACGACUCUGAAUGGGAACAAGAACUUUUUGAUGACCACUUUACAACUGUUCUUAAUCUCUUCCUUGAAAGAAUUAAAAGCGAUCCUUCAUUUACUAUGGAAGAAUUACAAAAGUAUCUUGACUUGGCUUAUCAGAACCAAGAUGAUAAUUGGAUUGGAAAUGGUCGUGUGUUAGCAAUCAAAAAUAAUGCUCGUGUUGCUGCAUUAGAAAUGGUUAUGACUGAAUGGAAGAAGGUAAUUGAAGAAGAAAGAGCAGCUGGUAAAAUUCCUGAAGGUGUUCAAUUUUAG